AUGUCAGAGAGACUCUGGGGCACAGGGACCAGAGCUCAGGGAGCUCAGGGACCAGAGCUCAGGGAGCUCAGGGACCAGAGCACAGGGAGCUCAGGGAGCUCAGGGACCAGAGCACAGGGACCAGAGCUCAGGGAGCUCAGGGACCAGAGCUCAGGGAGCUCAGGGACCAGAGCACAGGGAGCUCAGGGAGCUCAGGGACCAGAGCUCAGGGAGCUCAGGGACCAGAGCUCAGGGAGCUCAGGGACCAGAGCACAGGGAGCUCAGGGAGCUCAGGGACCAGAGCUGAUGGUGGACUGGAGUUUAUAG